AUGUACCGUAUGAAAAAGCCGCGCACCGGCUUGUUCAUAGUAUUCUUGUGCCUGGGUUCGCUCUGUUACUUAUUCUUCUUGACUAUAUGGCGUGGGGCCCCUUCAUAUACGGGCCUAUUAAAAGCCUACCCAAGGCACGAUGGCGCACUUUUCCCUGAGAUAAUUGUACAUUUGGACCUUAAAGGGGCUGCAAUGAAGAUGGCUGCCUAUCGCGAGCUUUUUCCCGUUCUGGGCGCCUACGGAGCGACUGGCGUACUUGUGGAAUAUGAAGACAUGUUCCCCUAUUCUGACGAGUUGUCGCUGGCCAACGAUAACCAACUGGAAUUGAUCCCGCUCGUCCAAACCUUUGGGCAUCUGGAAUUUCUUCUGAAGCACGAGAGGUUUAGAAAUUUAUCGGAAAACCCUACGGAGAGAAACACCAUAUGCGUCUCUCAAGAAGAUUCUUGGCGAGUCAUCAAACUGAUGCUCAACCAGAUUCGAGCCCUACAUCCGUUCUCAAAACGUAUCCAUAUCGGAGCCGAUGAAGCAUACCACGUAGCCGAAGAUGAUGUCUGCAAACGUCGACUAAAGAAAGAAUUUCAUGAGCGGAAGGAUAUUUUGGGGUUAGCGCAUAUUGUCAGGGUGGCUAAAUAUGCACGAUCAUUGGGGUUUGAGACGGUGUUUGCGUGGAACGACAUGUUUCAGGCGACCGACGCAGAUGUCUUAUUGCACUAUGAAAUGCGCAAAGUAAUCACUCCAGUCGUAUGGGGCUACAAAAGUGAUGUUACGCAGCCCGGAUAUUUCCCGGAAGGCCUAUUCGCGAGACUCGAUCAGUCGUUUGAUUCAGUCUACUUUGCGACGGCGUUCAAGGGGGCCAACGGGCAGGGGCGCGUCUUUAUUGAUGUGCAGCGCUAUCUGAACACCCAUCGAAGCUACGUGAAACUUCUCAACGGUGAUGCCCGAAGACUUCGUGCAAAGACGGGUGGAGUUUUUGUGACCGGCUGGUCCCGAUAUUCGCAUCAUCUGCCGCUAUGUGAACUGCUGCCCGCCUCAAUUCCAUCGCUUCUAGCCGAUCUGAUCUAUUUGAACGACACUUCGCAGUCAUUUAAUGAUGUCUAUGAACGUAUACGGGAAAGGAUGAAUUGCCUGAAUGACGCACCGGAGUGGCCAACUGAAUAUCAUUUCUCUGAAAAUGUCACAUAUUUCUAUCCGCCAGAAACACGAUACAGGUCGUGCUCUUUUCUAUGGUCGGACUCUUUCAAUUUGUUUGAGGAGCUUCGCCUAUUAACAUGGAAAUCGCACAAUGCACAAAAUGUGGACCCUGUGGCGCGGGAGAAGAUUCGUGAAGAAAUCGAUGUCAUUGACGCUCAAAUCCGCCGACUGCUUGCCCCGCUCUACUUUCCCGAAACCAUUGACGAGCUUAUAAAAACUAAAGUUCAACGUUUAAAGGACACUCCCAAAAUUGCCGUU